CUGAAGCUUUUUGUCAGGGCGCACUCUUUUCUUUCUACAAGAGGGCAGAAGUGCACCUGGCUCUCUCUCUUUUCCCUUUUUAACUGUGGCUUUUCUGGCCUGCUCUCUCUCUCUCUCUCUCCAGCCCAGCUGUUUUCUCAACCUUUUGUCUUUCAGUAAACCAGAGUAGAUGCCUGGUUAAAGGCAUGGGAUAGGAUGAGCGCGACAGACCAGUGUUCUCGUCUUUCAAAAGGAACGCGGUUCAGUAACUGGAGAGUUGAUCAUUGACCUCGCUACGUGACUGUGGACUGUUUUCUCUGGCUGUGGAGUAUGUGAGUCUAGCGGACCAGUGCAGUCUACCGGGCACUGUGCGCACUAUUUUAAAUGCAAAUGCACCUUAUUCCAUGCCUGUCCUCUGUUGGGGCUUUGUCAUUGAUGGGAAACCACCUGGACCGGAUAACUCACCUCAGCUACAGCGAGCUGCCCACCGGAGAUCCGUCCGGACUGGAGAAAGAGGAGCUUAGGGUUGGAGUAGCAUACUUCUUCUCCGACGAAGAGGAGGAGGUGGAUGAUGGCGGAGGAGGCUACAACAAGGACCCCAGCCAGGAGGGCCCCGGGCCGGUCAGUGAGCUGGAGUACUCCGCAUUCUGCUCACAGGAAUGCAUCUUCUCCAAGCUCCGCGAAAACCAGGACUUGAACGUGUACUCCGCCAAAACAUUGCUCUCCAUGUGCAAGCCAGGGGACCUUGUGGAGCUAGUAUCCACAUCACAGGCACCUCACUGGGCUGUGUACGAGCUCAACGACCAGGUGAUACACCUGCAUGAGGGGGAGAUACGGAAGGACAGCCUGACUGAGAUAGGACGGGGCCGGCGUGGACGGAUAGUGAACAGCCGUUACCGGUUCCGACCGCUGCCCUCCGACCUGGUGCUGCAGAAUGCCGCCGGCCACCUGGGCCUACACAGCGGGGACAUCUGCUGGACCAGCUCUGAGAACUUCGCCGCCUGGUGUCGUUUCGGGAAGCGGGAGUUCAAGGCGGGAGGCGAGGCACACUCGGCAGAGCAACAGUACUUUCUCAAAGUGCACCUCGGUGACGGGACUCGGAAUGGACACGCGCACACGCUGGUGUUCCGUAGCCUGGAGGAUAUGAUCCGGGAGAGGAGGAGGGUAGACGCCAGUGGGAUUCUGAAGGAGCUGUCUUUAGGGGUCAGUGGCGGGAAGGAGGGAUGAUUAAUAUGAUGGCCUCUUCUUUCCUUUCAGAGAGAGAGGGAGCUGUUUGCAGGCUGCGUCAGUAACACUGGUGACACUGUAGGAGAGAGAUUGUGAAGUAGAAAAUAGACAGACAAACGUUCAUGUAAACAUUGACAACUGCUCUUGUUUGUUUGAGGUUUCUUUCUGCUCCGACAUGUCACCCUGUACCUUUUUAACAUAGCGCACGACUCCACUCGCUUGGUUUUUUUUCCUCCUCCCUCUGCGUUCUUUCUCUGCAUAAGGGCACCUGCUGCUGGUGGUGGUGGUGCUGCUGCUGCUGGUGGUGGUGCUGCUGCUGCUGCUGGUGGUGGUGCUGGUGCUGGUUCUAGUGCUGCUGCUGCUGGUUCUAGUGCUUCUGG